GUGUAUUUAUAUGUAUAUCAUAGUACAGAUGAGAUGAUUCGUUGACCGUGAUUGCUGCUGUAUUGGUGCUUGCUAAGUCUUUAUUAGGGUUUCGUCAUUGCUUGAAAGAAACCAGUCUCUUACCUGAUUAAAAAAUAUAUAUAUAUAUAUGUACAUAUGAAUAGAUUGUUAGUCAUAAACUUAAGUGCAGUCAGAAUAGAGACUGUAGCUUUAAAAGAGAUGUGUUAGUGACUUUAGGUACACCUGCAACACAGGUAGGGCAGGACUGGUUUCUAGGCAACUGUCAGGGGUGAAGAAAGGUGAGUUAAAACGCUUUUUUUUUCUUCUAGAGAACAAGUGUUCUGCAGAGUUUUAAGCUUUUAUAGACCUGUAAGAAUGCAAUGGUAUACGUUCAUUGAGACCGAAACAUAUUAAGUUCACCACACCUAGCCUUGCUUUUUUUUUUUUUAAAAAAAAGCUGCUUUUCUUUCUUUGUAUGUCUGUCGUUACGCAGUUUUAAGUGAAGUUUUAUUUAAACAGUCCGAAGACCCACUAGGUACCCAUUUCGGGAAAUGACCAAAAUAAAAGUUGGUUUCUUGUUAACAUGCUGACUCUGAUUGUCACCAGUAUGUUAUGUUAUCAACCAAGCUCUUUUCCAGAUAUUAGGAAAGCUGAAGAGAAAUACACAUGGGCUUUAGCAUGGACUUCAGAUACUACUUUUCAUUCCCCUUCACACAGGUUUGUUUUCAGCUGCGUUCCCGCGGCUCCUGGCUAACAGGUGAUCGAGGUCUUGGACCAGCAGUUUAUAAGCUUAUGUAUAUUAGAUUGUGAACUCCUACGGGCAGAAACUGUGCCUUGUAGAGCUUCUGUCUUACGCACCCUUGCACGUAGUCGAUGGUCGAUAAAUAAUUGCACGAGAGCAUUUUACGUUUUAAAGCUCAGCAGGAUCACACCGGCCGUCCCUGAUAAGGGUUGCAGAGCAUUUCUGUUUUUUUAUGACUGUUAGGAAAUGUCAGAAUUAUUCAUAUUUUGACACGGGUAGAAUUACUAUUUGAAUAAAUUGUUUUUUCUACAUUCAGUUCACAAAAGGUACCGGUCACUCUUUCUUAGAGACUUAAAAUUAGACUAUGGACUUGAGUUUUUAUGUGAAAACUCUUAACUGCUGCUUCUCAGAAUUUGAACCAGAUAAUACUUGCCUUCUGCUAAUACUGAAUGGUAGCUUUUAAAAGCAAGUUGCUAAAUUACAGGUACAAUGUAACGUGCUGGAAACUGACCUGAAUGUCUGCAUACCAUCAGGUUGCUUUAGGAAGGUGAGCAGAGGAGGGAGGAGGUGGUGCCAAAGGUAAUUCCAGGAAUUUGAAUGUCACAGGCUCCCUCUACCAGAGAAACAACUCUGCUUUUAAUCUUGGCAAAUUUGAAUGGGUGCUUCAUCAUCAGGAUGCCCGUAGCAUCCUUUGGUGCUGGUGUUUGGCCAUGCUUUAUAGAAGCUAAUGAAUAACUCUCUAGAUAAACAAAAUCCAAUUGUAGUAUUCUGGCAUUGUUAGCACAGUAGAAACACAUGCUUUGUGAGGACAGAUAAGAUUGGGGAGUCUCAGGGUUCUGAGUGUAAGUUUAAUAGAGACCUCAGUUUUAAGGUAGAGAAGAGUUAGUGUGGGAUUCGGACUUCAGAAAGGAAACAAAAGAUUCCGCGAGUCAGUCAUUGUGGUUACUUUAAUCCAACUCCUUGUACCGUGAAAUUGAGCAGUGUCACUAAAGGGCCAAUCUUCCAGGCCUCAGUGAGUAUAUUUUUAAAAUAUGGGGCUCUGGCUACAUGAAUUAGACCUCUUCAAUUCCAACGUGCCAGGAUUCAGCAAAACAUUACAGUUUAACAGAGGAAAUGGUAGAAGACUGUCCUAUAGCUCGUAUUAAAAGCCCACGGAAUAGGAAACUCAGUGAGUUACAGGUUGUCUUAAAAAUACUACUCCCUGUGCAUGGAGCGCUGUUCCCCUAACUUCCCACGGCCGCGUCUUUUCCACCCUUUGGAGAGUCACCUCGGAGAGGCCUUCCCUUACCACCCGUGUAAAUACGUUCUCCUCCUUCUCUUCUUAGUUCCCUGCUCAUUUCCCUCGAAGCUAAACCACAGUCUGGAACAGUUCGCUUGCUUCCCGGUGUCCCUUCCUCACGCAGCAGCCACGUCUCUGUCACCGAGCAUGGUAUCUAGUCCCGAAUAAGCACUGGAUAACUUGGCGGAGGUGACCAGUCCUUUCCUCUAAGAGUCUGGGCGAUCAGCACUGAGAGAACAAAAGCUACCCAGGUGCGGUGACAUCCCAGAAUAAGGCACGAUGUCAUCUGCAGGAGUUGCUGCUCAGGAGAUUCGGGUCCCGCUAAAAUCUGGCUUUCUGCACGAUGGCCAGGCCCUGGGGAGCGUGAAGGCUUGCUGGGGCAGUCGCCGGGAGUUUGAAAAAAACUUGUUAAAUAUCCAUCCAAUCAGCACAGGCUACAGUCUGAACUCUCCUGGCCAGGCGCACCUAGCCCCUCUUGGGCGCACGGCGAGCCCCGCUCCGAUGAACGGCCACCGCUUUGCCGACCGCGGCCCCCGUCGGAAGCCCAGCCUGCCCCCGCUCAUCAUUCCCGCGGGCGAAAACGUGGGCGCGCACGACGAGGACCGCGUCCUGGGCGCCGACCCCGACCCCGACCUCGACCCCUCUCCGUCCCAGGCCCACCGCAGGCUGCGCAGGUCCCACUCGGGCCCGGCCGGGUCCCUCAACAAGGCCGCCGCCAGGGGCCCCGGCCACCCGCACAGAGCUUCUCCCAACUCCGACGACGACGAGAAACCCGAGGUGCCCCCCCGGGUCCCCAUACCUCCUAGGCCAGUGAAGCCAGACUACAGACGGUGGUCGGCGGAGGUGGCGUCCAGCACCUACAGUGACGAAGACAGGCCUCCCAAAGUGCCGCCCAGAGAGCCGCUGUCCCGGAGCAGCUCCCGCACACCGAGCCCCAAAAGCCUUCCGUCUUACCUCAAUGGGGUCAUGCCCCCCACGCAGAGCUUCGCUCCCGACCCCAAGUACACCAGCCCCAAAGCCCUGCAGAGACAGAACAGCGAAGGGUCUGCCAAUAAGGCGCCCUGCAUCCUGCCCAUCAUCGAAAAUGGGAAGAAGGUCAGCUCGACACAUUAUUACCUCCUACCUGAGAGGCCGCCGUAUCUGGACAGAUACGAGAAAUUCUUUCAGGAAGCCGAAGAAGCAGACGUGGGCACCCACGUCCAGGCGCUGCCCGCUGCUGACGGCCUCGGGCCCCCGGCCGCAGACAAGCCCGGCCCGAAAGCGAGAGCGGCCCCCGGCGGCCAGGGGAAGCGCAAGCACCCGUCCUGCGUGGUUUCCCCUUAGACUCUGGGUCGCCGGGCAGCGGAGGUGCCACGGGCGCAGGUGGCUCUCGAGCUGUGUUCCAGUCCGGCUGAGGUUCACAGGAAAACGAUUUAGCUGCGGAAUAAAAAUUGGACUCUGUGCUAGAGAGGCUGGGAGUGGCUGUGAGGUGCUUCAUGCUGAGGGUCCCUGAUCUUGUCAGCGUUGGAGAAAAGUCUGUCCAAGGCUACAAAGACACGAUGGCGGAGGGCAGGCCGGGGGCUCGCACGCGCACGCUGCGUUGUAGACUGUAGUUGCAGGCUAACCAGUUAGUGGCUGUCGUAGAGUAAUAGACACCCCGAAUGCUAGAAACUGAAGCUGCAGAAUGAUUCUUGAUAGGCUGAAAAUUGAGCAAACAGAAGAAAACGCAGUAUUUAGAUCAAAUCAUAAAAAAAAAAAAAAAAGAAAAAAAAAAUUCUUAGUAAGUUUGAA